UCACUUAUUAGCAAAGUUGAUUGUCUCCAUCUUUUGCUGCUCCUGUGUCUUCAUCAUCUUUUGUGCUCGGUGCAACGUACCCAUGGGCAUGACAAAUGGGAAGGGCUUCAUGAUGGGUUUUGCUGACUCAGAAAAUUUUGCUCUCAUGUUAUUUGCGUUGUUCACGUGGAAGUUUUAUUUGUGCUGGAGCUAUGCUUUUAUCCUCACUUAGGUUUUGCAAACUCAUGGGCAUAGCCUUGGGCUAUAAAUAGAUGGCCUCACUGGCAGCUUCAUUUCAAGCAUCGAUCGAUCUCCUAGCCCCUCCUUUCCCAUCAACAGUUUUUUUGACCAAAAUGCGGAGCUUUAUGAGUCUGUUUAUGAACAUAGUGCUGCUGUCAGCAUCCUUGGCCGUUCAUCCCUCUGCCGCUGCAAGCAGCAAACUGAGUUUUGCUGAUGCAGUAUGGAAUGACUGUCGGGCAGAAGCACUUAACGCUUUGUACUCCCCAUUUGUUGUGGCUUUGGCUGCCGGAAAUCUCGAUAACGAAACUUAUGCGCAGUACAUCUACCAAGAUGCUCCUUAUGCCCAGGCCGCAGCAGAUGCGAACGUAGUGGCGUUGAAUUAUGCUGUUGAUCCCCUGGCAAAGGAGAUAUUCGCCAUGUUCAACGACUCCAAUGCUCGGGGAGCAGAGUCCUUUCGGCAAUGGUUGGAUGAGCACAUACCAAAUGCAACAUAUCCCCUCAACAAUGCCACCAUAAAUUACAUGAACUUUCUGAACAACACAGCCCACGGCAUAGUUGAAGGAAUUGAUGAGCCUUUCACAGGAAAAAUCGCUUCGGUUCUCAGUAUGGCUGCCUUCAUUCCUUGUUGGAAGCUGUAUUAUCACAUUGGCAUGCAGAUUGUGGCAGCCGUCGGGAACUACAGUGACAACCCUUAUUACGACUGGAUCUACGCCAACUCCAAGGAAUCCUUAAAGAAUAAGCUUGUGACAAUUGAUGAUGUCUUUGAUACCCUCGCGGCAGACCUAACCGUAGAGGAACUCGCCAUCGUAGAGCAGGUUCAUCGACAGGGCAUGAGAUGCGAAGUAGAGUUCUUCCUUGCGCAGCCGCUCUUCCAAUAUACCUCAGUUCCCCUGUCGAGAGAACUGAUCAACGCUACAGGGCGGCUUUUGAUAUUCUAUGGUUUUGAUGGAAGCAGCAAUGUUGUGGAUUCCUCUGUAGCUCUGGCCGACCUCGCAGUCUCAUCAGCUUCUAACAAAACAAAAGCCAAGGCCACAUGGGGCCGUCUCUUCUCGCAGUACAAGGAGGAGUAUGGACUUGGAGUCGAGAACAUCAGCAAUUCCGCCCAAGCUGAGAAAUUCGAUUACUACAACCUUUCUAAAGAGUUUGAGAAAUUCUCAAUCAUUGAAGGCGCAAACCUUUUGAGAGUGAAUCGAUCCGGAGCUCUUGCAGGCAUACAAGCCAAGGCCACAGAAAGCGCAGGAGAAGAUGCUAUAAUUCUCCAGGAUUUCAUCACCUUCUUCCGGAGGCUGGCGACGCGUCGAAAGUUGAACUCCACCGCUAAUGUGAUCUCCACAACUUGGAGCGCUUCUCUAGUUAAAGCAGUCUUUUCCUCUGUGGGUCUAAACCAACUCCAAGUUCAUGCAAACGAGUUGGCAUUUGAGGGAUCGGUGUCCACCGGUGGGAUUAUCGACACCAUAGUCUCUCCCGCAGACAGAGUUUCAGUCCUUGAGGAGAUCGUGAAUCAGUAUUCAAACCAAAAAAAGUUGACAGUCUACGCAGGAGAAUCAGUUGAAGAACUGCUGCCUCUGCUAAGGGCAGACAUAGGCAUAGUGGUGGGACCCAGUUCAAGCCUGAAGAGAGUGGGAACCCAGCUGGGCGUUACCUUUAGGUCAUUGUUCUCGGCUUCCAUCAGCGUUCAGAAUGGUACCACCCCGACCCAAAGGCCUAAUUGGAAAGCGUCACCGGGCCUUCUCUACACAGUUUCCAGCUGGACAGAGAUCGAUGCGUUCGUGCUUGGAUGGCAGAAUCACUUCGACAUUGUUGGACGAGGAGCUCCGAGGAAAUCACGAAUGGGCUCAUACCUUUCAAACAGAAAAAUGGAGAUGGGCGUUCCCAUAUUUAUGUGAGAAAGAUCGGUGGGGGUAUUGUAACAUCCUGAAUUUCCAUUUUUAAUUUAUGUAAUUCUUGUCAUCAUGGUUAGAUAGACUGCAUGGGUGUGUGAGUCAUGUAGUCGGGAUGUCUGGUGGAUGUUGUGAGUGUUUCGGGAAGUUCGGAGUGGACUUUUGCAUAUUCUGGGAGGUUAAGUCUACUUUGUAAUACCCUGUAUUACGUUGUGUCAAAAAUAAAUGAUUUCUAAUUAUUUUUGAGAAUGA